ACGGCUCUGUCUUUUAUCGGAGACAUCGAUGAUGACUUAUAUGAUAUAAGUUAUAUGAGAACAGUUAAUGGACUGAUAAUAUACAAUAGUAAAAAAACAAUUACUAUUAAAACGACAAUUGAUUACAACCACUAGUUAUGGCUAUACUAAUACUCCGCGAUUAUAUCUAUGGCUAUAUAACUGGUUUAAUACGACUACGGCUCCGAUCGUUCAGAGAGUUGGCAAUAAUUAUUAUAACAUUUAUGUGUAUUUCACUAUAUGUGACCACAUAUUUGUUUGACUCAUCGCCGCCACUGUUUAGUAAAACUUUCAUUAAUGAUGGUCAGCCAUCGACUUUUCAACAGCCGGUGCGCAACAUAUUAUCACAGCUUUCAUCGUCGGCCGCAAACAAUGCGUUCACUUCAUUGCACGUGAAAUUGAACCCAAGUUUUGCCACUUCUGGCUUUGAAUCGGUAGCCGAUCGGGGACUCAAAAAAUUACUAAAAGAAAUUGAAGAGAUGACUACAUCUAAACAAAAGACAUCAACAAAACUGGCACUAAUUAGAGGCCAAAGAAGUGUUAUUUUCAGAGACUUUGCCGCUUAUAGACAGGCACUGGAAAAACAUAAGUAUAGUAUUGAUGCCCCAAAUUGGUUGCAAUCAAAGCGUAGGACAUCCACACAAAUGGCACAAAAUAUUACAAAUCUAAAGGAAUGGCUGAUCUUAAUAUGUUUGACGUUUAAUAAUGGAGACGACGGCUUUUGUUUGCAGCAAAAAGAUAUUCAAAUGUUGAGACCCUUUCAGAAAGUUAAUAGAAUUCCCGGAUUAAGGAAUCUCUUGUGGAAAAGGGAUACUUUCUGUACGACUAUGAGUGAGGCCCGCAAAGUGCACCUUAUAAUGAAAAAUCCAGUGACCCCACUGUGCUUUGUUAUGCCCAAUCAAUUUCAACAGUUCGUUGAUGUUGCUGAAGCGAUGGGAUAUUCUGCUGAAUGGCUUCUCAAACCGAUAACCAUUGGGAGUCAUGUGUCCGGAAAUGGUCCGCAACUCAUCAAUAUAUUCACAAAUGAAGGAAGAAAUAAAUUGAGAGAAUAUAACAUCAAAAAAGCAGUUAUACAGCAAUAUGUGGCCAAUCCGUUGCUAGUGUUUGGACAACCCGUCAAUUUAAGACUCUAUGUUAUUGUCACAUCAAUGGCACCACUCAGGGCUUAUGUACACAGCGAGGGUCUAGUGUUUCAUCGAUAUGAAUAUAACAAGAAUUAUAAAAAGAUUCCGGGACGCACUUGGAUUUUGAGCCAAUUUUGGCAGUUUAUCUCAAAAAACUAUGGAAAUGACAAAACUAAGAGAACCAUUAACCGCAUAUAUCGGGCUAUUUUGCAGACAUUACUGAUAACUGAAGCUAUGCUUAUAACACAACAACAGCAACACUCAAGAAUGCAUUCAAAUUCAAUUAAUUCAGAGACAAAUGCUUUCACAAAAUGCAACUCUUGUUUUCAUUUAAUGGCUUUUGAUAUCGUUUUGAACGCAACUUUAGACCCCUUUAUCAUUGAUUUGAAUGGACAGCCAAAUAUGCAGGAAUCACGCAAAGAUGAGUCACCACUGAUAGGCAAAGUAAAAAAGUUAGUCAUUGACGAUGUCAUUGGUCUGAUCAGUGCAACUGAUUCUGUUGCCAAUGAUGUGUCCGAAGCAUUAGACGAAGUAAUUAAUGAUAAUAUAGGUGUUAUGGGAACCAGUUGUCAUAUAUCACAUGAUCUCUGUCUAAGUCGAGAUGAUUUAAAUUACUUAUUGAACUCAAGACGAGAAGCACUCAGUAAGGGCUCAUUCAAGAACUUGUAUCCAUCGCUGGGAAUCGACAAUAACAAUGAAUUGAUUGAAGAAUUGAGUCAAUUGAUUGUUGCUCAACGUGUGGAUCAAACUCCAGAUGAAAUAACAGUUCACAGAACGGCUGAUCUUCAUUCUCUACUUAUGUCUUUAGAGCGCUAUUAUUAUAGGCAUAUCAUUGAUGAAGAUUACGGUGACAGCGCCGGCAAUACUAAUGAUCACUCAAAUCACAAUCAAAUUACUAUACAAAACAAUUCAGUCUUCUUAAGCAACAAAAGUCCAUUUGACUCGUCGGUCAUUAAUGAUUGUUCCGAUGAGCCAUCAACUCUGCCUUAUUUAGCGUCUAUUGAAUUGAGUCCUAAAUUACAAUUAAUUCCUCCCUUUUCGCCAUUCAUUACACAAUAUCAUUGCAACGUUUCCUACGAACAGCUUUUAGUUAACGUUUGGGCCAAAGCACACAACUGCCAGAGCGAAGUCAGAUUAGACGACAAGUUUGGCUCAUCCAGAGCGACAAAUUACACACUCGGUAUUGGGGUCAACAAGAUAUCACUGGUUGUGAUCGAUAUAUCACAUACCGAGCCCUGGGUUAUCAAUACUUACACAAUACUCAUAAAUCGUGUUCCUCUUAGCCAUAAAGUGCCUGAUUUUGCCGCACAACUACCUCAUCGAGUUUGCUCUUUCACUCAAGACUGUGAUAUGAGAGUAUUCUCACGUAAUCAGUGCGGACUUACCGAACAAAGCAAUUAUCCCGAUUGGAGGACAUAUCUAUAUAGACAAUCAUUAACAAUAAAAUGCAAAACAGGUGCCGAAAGUGGUCAGUGGUUGGUUCCGUGUGUUAGUUGCAGUAACUCGUCGUCGUGUUACUGGCAUGAAGUCAGAUGGGAUCCAAUCAACUGUCAUUACCCAACAUUAUCACAAAAUAGACUCCAACAGUGUCUGACUAAUAAAAAGAUAUUAUUUGUUGGAGACUCAACCAAUAGAGGAAUAAUGCAUUAUCUGAUUGAGAGAUUUAAUGGUUCACUCAUGGACUGGGAUAAGACACACGACCUCAAGAUAUACCCAAAUAUGAAUCGAAAGAAAACUGUCAUCAGUUUUGCAUAUUAUCCCAAAUUUUGGUUACCAACCAAUCAAAGACCAUCGUUUGAUAAGGCAGUCUAUCAACUCUUUGAAAAAGUACAACCAUUGGAAAACAGCUCAAACACUGUACUUGUCUUCGGUGGAGUUCAAUGGUUAGCCACACAACACAUCCAUAUGUUGCUUAAGACAUUAGAAAAUUUGAAAUUACAAGGCAUUAAACUAGUAAUGAAAACAUUGGGCGCCGGCUUUCAUCAACAUAUUGAAGGUGUUCACUGUCUUACUUUGAAAGAGCAACAAAAACUAGCUCUUCAUAAUCAAGAGCUCAUACAAUAUGGACUAAAGUUAGGCCUAGAAGUGGUCGACACAUACAACAUAACUAUUGCCCGAUUUAAAGACUUUAUGCCUGGAAAGUGUGGCUGUCAUUUUCAUCAGGUAUCAGAAUUGUCUUCAAAUGAUAUUAAUUCAGUACAACCAACCUAUCGAGUUGACGGUCCAAUUAAUGCUAUUUAUACUAAUAUACUAAUCGGCAGAAUUUGUCGCGACUUUGAAGAUGAAACCGAUUACUAAUUGUCACAAAAUAACAACUAUUUAAUUGGUAUUCACUAUCAAUAGCAUCAACUCUAUGCCAAAACCCAUUUUUCAUACAAUCAUUUCAUU